AUGUUUUGGCGCUUCGGGGGAUACGCGAGUGUCUCCACCAUUGAUACCCUGCUCGACAAGCCUGAUGUCAGUCUCGAAGAGCUGUUGGACGAGUCAGAGUUGAUCCAGGAGCUCAAGCAACAUAAUACGAAACUCAUAGAAUAUCUGCGAGACGAUCAUGUCUUGAAACGCCUUAUGGACUACGUGAUUGCACCCAGCCUGGUGAACGAGGAUGAUGAUGACGACGAGGACGAUUCGAACGACUCUAAUGCCCCUCAAACGAAUAAAGAUGCUCCAAACGAAGGAGAGAAGAAAGUCGACCCGCUGAAGGAGAUCUUGGAUCCUGAAGAUCUGGACCGAGCUGAGAAGAACCGUUUGAAGCAUGCGUACAUCGCGUGCGAAAUUCUCUCGUCUGAAACAUGGUCAAUAUUGGAGUCAAUAAUGGCGAAUACAAGCUACCUGCGCGACUUUUGGGGCUUUGUGAGGAGGCGACCCUCCUUGGAUCCUAUUCAGGCGGGUUACUUCACGAAAGUCAACGAAACGUUGUUUGAUCGAAAGACCAGUGAGAUGCUGGAGUUCUUCAAGUCUCUGGACGGUAUUGUCCCGGCGAUCCUCCAGCAUGUCGACAAUCCCAUGGUCAUGGACCUCUUGUUGAAGAUUAUCAGUCUGGAGAAGGCCGAAGGAGGCCAGGGAAUUGUGGAUUGGCUGAGAGCACAGAACCUGAUUCCUACACUUUUGUCCUUCUUAACCCCAGAGCAUCCGGCCUCCGUGCAAACCUCUGCAGGAGACUUUCUCAAGGCCAUCAUCACUAUUUCGGCAAAUGCGACUCAGAACGACCAAUCCUGCAUUGGACCCAAUAGUCUCACUCGCCAGCUCGUCUCCGCAGAGUGCGUAGAGACUCUAAUCAAGGCCAUGUUGCAAGGUGGAAACCCGCUGACAGUGGGCGUUGGUAUCGUAAUUGAAGUUAUUCGGAAAAAUAACUCGGAUUACGACCCAGAGACCAUCGGUGGCCAUGAUUCGCCUCCUACGACAUACGACCCUAUCUAUCUGGGCAACCUGCUACGGAUUUUUGCCAAACAUAUACCGGACUUCAUGGCACUGAUUCGAAGCUCCAAGCAUACUAUCAAUGACAAUGGAAAAGUACGAAGCGUGGACAGAGGACAGCUCAGCUCUGCUUGGGGCGCUAAAAUUGAGCCUCUUGGCUUUGACCGUUUCAAGACAUGUGAAUUGAUGGCAGAGCUGUUACACUGCAGUAACAUGGGUCUUCUGAACGAACCCGGAAGUGAUGAGUAUGUCCGCCAACGCGAUGCUGAACGAGAAAGACUUUUCCGCGAAGGCGCCUUCAAUCCGCACAAAGAGUCGUCUGCCCUCGAAGGCAACGAUUCUACCGCAGACUUUAUCAAUGGUUCUGUUAUCGACUCCGGUUCCCCUGAGGAUUCUCGAGUCCUUGAAGUUUCGAACGCUGGUGAAGAUGGGUUCGAGGACGUCGAUUCUUCUGGCGUCCUGGUCGACAAGGAGAAACUUGCCGAGAGAACGGAUCCUGGUAGUGGGCAGACUGAGCCGGAAGUGAGUGAUGCAUCGAGAACAUCAACCUCGAUGAACGACAAAGAAAGUGAUUCUGGCGAAGCCCAUGAUCAUGCCGAGGCUGAAACGGACACAAAAGAAGGAAGCAACUCUGACAAGAAUCUCCCACCUACGGUGUCUGACCUUACAGACCAGCUCAAUGCAAUGGAUUUGGGAGACCAACGGGUCUCCGAGGAAACCACGGCCCAGGAAGAUGUCGGAAAGUCUGAGAUCCUCCCCCCAAACGACUCGGAGUCUCCCUCUGCUGCACAGAUGUCGUCCGACCCCGAAGCUGUACCAGCGCCUCUGUUCUCCACACAACAACAGGAAAAGGAAUCAGUAGCUUCAACACCUGAUACUGCUGGCCAGGUCGGGAAUGCUCAAGAUUCCACCGACCGUGGAUUAGACCCGGUGCCCUCAAACACCGAUGCUGAAGACUUGCGGGCGCACAUCAAUUCCUACGUUCAGCUCGACUCGAACGGCCAACCGGUCGUUGGUGAUUAUCUCAAAAUUAUGUUUGUGAAGAAUAAGGUCGUACCUACGAUACUGGAUUUCUUCUUCCGCUUUCCAUGGAACAAUUUUCUUCACAACGUUGUGUAUGAUGUUGUUCAGCAAGUUUUUAACGGACCUAUGGAGCGCGGAUACAAUAGAUGUCUUGCAAUCGAUCUUUUCGAAACAGGGCGCAUUACGCAGGCGAUUGUUGCUGGACAAAAACGAAGCGAUGAAGCGCAGCGGACGCAACGCAUCAGACUCGGCUACAUGGGUCAUCUUACCCUCAUUGCGGAAGAGGUUGUCAAGUUCAGCGAGCGUCAUCCACCCGAGCUACUUUCUCCUACAGUAAUGGAAAGCGUCUUGAACCCGGAGUGGAUCGAUUACGUGGAGCAAACUCUUUCCGAGACGCGAGAGCGAGAUAAUGCAAUCCUCGGCGGUGUACGACCAGAUAUGGCUAUCGGGCACCGUCAGGGCCUGCUGAAUCAAGGUCAAAGCAUGAACGCUUCUUCAGCGCUCGCCGAGGCUGGCUUGAAUGGUGGCGUCGGCAAUUCAGGCUUCCAAAACUUCGACAUGAACCAGGGCAGUGUUUCUGGUGGCGCUUUUGGUCUUGGUGGCGGCAGCAGCUCUCUGCUGAGCGGCUUCGGAAGCUCCAGCGACGAUGAGGAUGAGGAAAUGGAGGAACAAGACGACAGAAACCUAACCGAACAAUCCGCCGAAGGUGGUUCUGAAAAUGCAUCUACCAACUCAACAAGUCAUCCUAUACCGAUUCUUCCUCCACCUCCUGCUCCUCUCAGCCUCGGACCGUCUCGCGCGCGACGGCAGCUGGCAGCACGGCUUGCCGCACAGAAACAGCAAGCUGCUGAAACGGGCGGCAAUGAAGGCGAGCCUCAAAACCAAACUAACCAGCAUGAGAAUGGCGAUGUUCAGUGGCCAUCCAACCCUUUUGUGAUUGCGGGCUUGGACGAUGACGGUGAUGGUACGGACUCGCCUUCCCGAGCCGCUUUUCCCUCCAGCGACUUUCCACAUACGCGCAAGGACGAGCCUUUCUCAUCGCCUACUUUUCCCGAGUCUGGCUUCAGCCCACCUGAUUCAAUGUCCACUAAUUCCUCGGAUGAUGACGGGGAAGGCAGGGUAGACAUGAGGCGCAAGGAGCGCGUUCCCCUGGAAGUUGAUGACGAUGAGGAUGACAUGGGCGAGAUGGUCGGUCCCUCACUUGGUUCUGAAAUGCUCGACUCAGAUGAAGAGGAUGAAGCUAUCAUGAACGAAUCUCUAGGAUACCCAGAUCUCGGGCCUGGCCGCUACAGGAGCUUCCGAAGAUCACAGUUUGGUCCGUCUCCUUUUGGGGACGACGAUGACAAUGACAGCAGUGACGGCGAAGAUGAUGGACUAGUCGAAAUCUUAGUUCCUGGGAGAAAAUCUUCCACGACUUAA